CCUGUAGCAAAUCACUUUUAGUCUUGCGUUGGAUAUCGUCGAGGGAUCAUCUCUGAAAGAUAGAGCAUAUAGAUAAAGUAAAAGAGAAAGGGAAAGUUUAUGCGUUUAAUUGAAGACGAACUCAUUCAAAAAAAAUGAUGACGUUAAUAAUACUCUGGUCAUUAGGUGGAUUAAUCGCACUUUGGUUAUUAUUUAAUUUCGCAAAUCAUUUAAUAUCUAUUAUAUGGGAAAUAUUUUUUCCCCUUAUCAAUUCCAAACCGAUCAAUUUGCGUACGAAAUUUGGCGAAUGGGCAGUGGUAACAGGAUCAACCGACGGAAUUGGAAAGGCUUACGCAAUGGAACUAGCUACGAGAAACAUUAAUUUAAUUUUAAUAAGCAGAAGUUUAAAUAAAUUGGAAAAUACCAAAUCUGAAAUAUUGAACGUUAAUCCUAACAUAGAAGUGAGGAUCAUACAGGCAGAUUUUAGCAAAGGCAAACUGAUCUACGAAGAAAUCAAACCUCAAUUGGAAAAUGUACCAAUUGGAAUAUUGGUGAAUAACGUGGGCAAACAGUAUAGUUAUCCAAUGUAUCUCAACGAAGUUCCCGAGGAUGAACUAUGGGAUAUUAUAACAAUAAAUGUGGGGGCUGCCACGAUGAUGACGCGAUUAAUUAUUGAAGGAAUGAAAAAACGUAGAAAAGGUGCAAUCGUUAAUAUAUCUUCUGGCUCGGAACAUCAGCCGCUACCAUUAAUGACCGUCUAUGCUGCAACCAAAGUAUAUUUGAAAAGUUUCUCCAAUGCAAUUAGAAUCGAAUAUUCGAAAUUUGGUAUAACGAUUCAACAUUUGUCACCAUUCUUUAUCAAUACCAAAAUGAAUGCCUUCAUUCCGAGAUUUCAGGUAUCCAGCCUAUUUGUCCCUAAUCCAACGACUUAUGCCAAAAAUGCAGUAGCCACGCUCGGUAAAGUAGAUUCAAGCAGCGGAUAUUGGGCCCAUGAUAUUCAAACAUUUUUCAGUCUUAUUGCUCCUGUAUGGAUUAGGGCAAAAAUUGGUUGGUUAAUGAACAAAAAAUUUCGGGAAGAUUAUAUUGCAUAUAUCAAAAAUAAAUAAAUUGUUGUUGAAGAA